AUGUCUACUAUUCGAAUCCACGUCCUUUCCCCCGAUACAUUCUCUGAGCGCAAAUAUGAUCUUCACAUGACCAUCGGCCAACUCAAGGGCAAACUUGAAUCCGUGACCGGGAUUGCGCCUGAAUCUCAACGACUGACUGUCCACCGUUCUAUCGACGAGCAAAACUCGGCCCCGUUACACGUGCUUGACGAUGACUCGCGUCCAUUGGGAUUCUACAGUCUUUCAGAUAUGAUGUUACUAAAAGUGGCGGAUACCAAUACCAACUCUUUGACUGGCCAAUUUACAGACGUGUCAGCUGUCGAAAAGUUCGAGCUCACAGACGAGGAGUACCAAAAACGAAAGGAUACCGUCCUCGCGUACAAACAAGCCAACAAAAUUGGCCGGUUCGCGGACUCGGCGCAGGCCCCCGAAAUACAUGUCUACACCGCUUCACCUGAAAUCAAACCCGGUGCGCGCUGCAAAGUCGAAACAGAAGGAGACGGGGAUAUUAAACGAGGAGUCGUUCGGUUUGUGGGUCCCACCAAAUUUGGAAAGGAAGGUAGUGGUGAUUGGGUUGGUGUCGAAUAUGAUGAACCAGUGGGUAAAAAUGACGGCUCUGUGCAAGGCGAACGAUACUUCACCUGUCCAGCUAAACAUGGUGCGUUCGUUCGACCCGAUCGCAUCACUGUUGGGGACUUCCCGCCCAUUGAUCCCUUUGCGGAUGAGCAGUUCGAAAUGUAA